AUGAAGUUCUUCGCCGCCACCGCCGCCAUUGUUGGCCUCGCCUCUGCCGCCACCGUCUCGAAGGCUACCCUCCGUGACAACAACGGCCUCCAGGCCGUCACCCUCACUAUCGAUGGCGUCCAGUGCUCGGCCACCAGCCCUGCCGCUCUCGGCUCCCGCCAGAUUGCUUGCCCCGGCUCUGCCUACUCCUGGCACGUCACCGGCUCCGUCGGUGACUACGAGCUCACCCUCUUCAAGGGCGUCGUCACCGAUUCUCCUCAGGCCUAUGCCAAGCUCCCCACACACUGCAGCGCUGGUGGUGCUGGCCCUAAUGACAUGGUCUGCGACCAGAACAGCGACAUCACCAUUGAUAUCUAA